AUGCCUCUCAAUGCGCGCUAUGGCAGUCUGUUGGCUGAUGUCGAUUCUUGCAUUAAGCGCAAUCGCGGCACACACUUCGAAGCCGAGAUAUUCUCACAUCUUUCAUGCUGUCCAUUCGUUUUGCGGUCGUACGAAUUUGCUAUUGCCGAUGGCGCACUUUACGCGACCCCUAAUAGCGAGCCUCCGACAGGUAGCUACACAGAACGCUUCUGGCAACUCGAUGAGCAGGUUCGGAUGUUCCGUAACACUAGUAAACAUUGGAGUCGUGUUCUAGUCCCUUUUGAUAUUAAAAGCAGUGUGUCGAACCGUCCAGAAGACCAACGUUAUAUCACAACCGUUAGACAAAGAGCUCGUGUCGGAUUCUACGUUGCGGUAUGCGCCACCAAUCCAGAAUAUGUAGAAAUCAUACCAAACCGGUUCAGUGGCGAGAUAAUUGCAGACACCAAUACACGCAAGGUCGCGGUUAACCUCACGCGGAAAUCGUUCCUACCACCUUCGGCUUAUGGCUACCUAAGUCCUUGCAAUAGUCCUUACCGAAUGCCAAUAUCUCUCCUGCCUAAAGCUAUCGAAAGCAUUAAGAACUGUGCACAAGGUCUCGGCGAUUAUAUCAAUCCAUGGACUGGUGUCAAGAGCCUUAAUUGGGUACCUUGUGUCGAGCAAGGAAACGAAUGUUUAGCGCCAACGGAAGACUCGCAACAUUUUUCCUCUUUCAAAGGAGUGUUGGAGAUAUGGAGAGCUAUUCGCACGAGCAGUGUUUGCAUGGAGUUUCAAUUCGUCAAUCUCCAACCACGCUUAGCAGAUUUCAAGUUGCUCGUGCCGGACACACUAGCAGGGCUGUCGCGCCGUCGUCAAGUUUUCGUCCAGUACAAAAUUGACGCGUUAUAUCGAUCACCCGCAUCACCACUCAACAAAGUCGGAAUCGCGCGUAAUGUGCGUCAUAACCAGCUGCGUCACUACUUUACUGAACACGAGCGGUUUGACUUUCUACUAUAUCAGUUCGACUACACUGACCAGAAGACGUCUUGGAAACAAUGCUUCUUUCUUCCAGAGUGGAGAAUUCCCGACAAAUUCUACACAACAGAUGCGAAAGAAGGAGAUUUUAGCAGGCCCGAAUUCGAGCCAUACUGGCUACGCAUGGAUCCAGACGGUUACUGGGUUCAGCGAGUUUACGAAAUCAUCCAACAGAAUCCACAACCUCGCCAAACGGGUGGACGUCCUCACCGAGAAACCAAAAAAGCUACUAACCCGUUUAAGUCAGAGUCUAUACACGAGAUUGCGUCUUCUCCCAAUCAUGUACAGGGCUUCCAUCGAAAGCUGUUCUUCACAAUCAUGGCCCAAUGCGCAGCACGUCGAUCGGGACUAAUCAUCGUUCUCUCUCGGUCAAGUUCGCUCGCAGACUUCGCCUUCUGUCGAUACACAUGGACUACCGAGCAGCAAAGACGCUUUGCUGAAGAUCAACAGGUGCCAUGCACAAUCUCCGAACUCCCUCGGCAUACUUCGGUUAUUCCCCUGCUUGUAUACUCAAAGACUAGAGAAAGUACGUCUCGCGGUCCGUCUAUUACAGCAACGGAAUUUGAGCGACUCGACGCAAGCUCUUCUCAUCGAAUCCUUAUAUUUGAUCUCUUUGGAAGUGAAGGUCGCAACAUGUAUAGCCCUCUUCUUGCUGUACCGUCUAAUGACCUUAGUCCUACCCAAGAGCAACGUAAUCUCUUUUAUUCUAAUAAAGGCAAACACAAGAAUGAAGAGUUUGAAGAGAGAGUACCGCUACUAGCAGAGCUUCUCCAUUCCGGCCACACACCUAUGGAUUACGUUCUAUCUUCAAAGGGGCCAUUGCUUUUCGAACCUGAACUGAAUCCAUGGGGAGAGCUGUGGCAGCUCCUUGACCAAAUCCUUGGUUUGGACAGCUUCUCUCAUCCCCCCGCUCACAAGAGAUGUACAACAAGCUACAGAGUCAGUAUCCAGGAGAUUCAUCAAGGUCUCGCAGAUAAGCAUGCGUCGAUUGACUUGAAGCCAAUUUUUCUGGACCCGCGCGAGUGUGUGUCUGAUGAUGAAACAGACACUUAG